UUCGUACAGAGAGCACGCGCGUCCACAUUCCGGAAAAACCACGCGUAACUUUUCUACUAAAGAAAACCAUUUAAAAUAUUAUAUAAACGUUAUUUCUUAGUGAUAGUGAACAAUUAAUACCUAUUAUAUUUCAACAAUGAUUUCUAUAGUGAUGUUUUUUAGGUAAACAUGUAAUUUUAGUGAAGUGAAAAAUGUGUCGAUGAGAAAACUGGAUUAUUUUCAUAGUUUUUUAAGUAAAUAGUUUAGUGAAAAUGUACUUUUGGAAGCAAAACAUUUUGGCGGUCUGCAUCUUCUUGCUGGUGAGGAGAUCGUCAUGCGCAGACGCCGGCGUGAUGGUGGAGCUGGUGCGGACCAACAUCACCAUUCUAAACGUGAAGGCUCUACACGACGCCGGCCACAAGUUACACAACAUAGAACACUUGGCCAUCAUUGACGCACCCCGAUUAGAGCACAUAGCCGUUGAAGAUCUGACCAAAAUGCCAAAGCUAAAAUCGUUCUACAUAACCCAGGCGCCACUCCUUCGAAGGGUGCCACCGCUGCCGUCGCUGCCUUCGCUGCGCACAUUCAUCAUCACUACGUCAGGGCUAGUGGAAGUACCCAACCUGAGCCACGUCCAUGACACCAAGAAGGGCAACUCUUCCAUCCCUUACCUGCAGGCUAUAGACUUGGAAGGCAAUCACAUCAAGCGGCUGACGCCCCAUGCGUUGCGUGUCUCCGCCGAUCAAGUAUCACUAAAUCUAAACCUGAUUGAAGAAGUACCUGCAUUUGCAUUCAAAAACGCACAGAUAUCAAGACUGAGUUUCCGAGGAAACACGAAACUGAAGCAUUUGGACGAAAACGCAUUCGCUGGAAAUCUUUUACUGAGACAACUGGAUUUAAGCAGCACGAUAAUAGACUCCCUGCCGACCAAGGGCCUGGAGAACCUACAAGUGCUUAAAAUAGAAAGGACCCCGUCACUCAAGUACAUCCCAUCUAUUUACGAAUUUCGGCAACUACAAGAAGCCCGGCUAACCCAUCACUUCCACUGCUGCGCCUUUGCGUUCCCCGAGAGGCACAACCCGGCAAGACACAAGCUCUUCGAAAUGCAACUGGCACUUGUAAAAGAGAAAUGCGGGAACAUUGAUCAGAAGACAGAAUCACGGAGAAGAAGAUCCCUGAGAGACAGGCGAAUAAGAAAACUAACGGAGGAUUUAGAGACUGAAGACGAGACUCCUACCACCAGCGAGGAGACCGGCUUCGACAGCAACGACUAUUACUUCGACGAACCGUCUAGCUCAGAGAACAGCGACCAGUUCCACGCCCCGAUAGAUAGCAACGUCUCUUCGCAGAAGGUGGCUUACAAUUGCGCCGGCUUCAUGACUGGGAAACCAAAGGUCGUUUGCACUCCGCAACCAGACGCGCUAAACCCGUGCGAAGAUGUCAUGGGUUGGUCGUGGCUGCGAGCCAGCGUCUGGUUCGUGAUCGCAGCAGCUGUCGUCGGCAACAUCGCUGUGCUGACUGUCCUUCUCACAAACCAAUCGGAACUCACUGUCCCAAGGUUCCUCAUGUGUCAUCUCGCUUUCUCCGACCUUUGCACCGGCAUCUACCUCUUCAUGCUUGCCGUCGUAGACCUCAGAUCUUACGGAGAGUUCUUUAACUAUGCCUACGAUUGGCAGUACGGCGUCGGAUGCAAGAUUGCUGGCUUCCUCUCAGUAUUCUCUGGACAGCUAUCAGUUUUCACACUCAGCGUUGUAACUCUUGAACGAUGGUUUGCGAUUACAUACGCCAUAUAUCUGGAGAGGCGAAUCUCUUUGUUGGCAGCCGCGAAGAUUAUGAUCGGGGGGUGGCUGUUCUCGUUUCUGAUGGCUGGACUGCCUCUUGCUGGAGUCUCAGAUUACUCUUCGACUUCUAUUUGCCUACCGGUUGAGAGUCAGAACGUGGGAGAUGGAGUUUACCAGGGAUCACUAUUUCUUACGAAUGCUGUAGCGUGGUUUACGAUUGUGGUCUGCUACGUACAGAUAUACAGGUCAUUGGGAGGAGGGGGGGAGAAGUAUGGAGGAAGAGGGGCAGCAGCAGCGGCCGAGAGACGAAUCGCGAAUAAGAUGGCGUUGUUGAUAGGAACCAACCUGCUGUGCUGGGCGCCAGUGGCCUUUUUCGGGGUCACAGCACUCGCUGGAGUGCCGUUAGUAGAUGUAAGUCACGGAAAAGUGUUACUAGUGUUUUUUUAUCCUUUGAACGCGUGCGCGAAUCCGUUCCUGUACGCGAUAUUAACGAAACAGUACCGGAGGGACUUUAUAAUGCUCAUAGCUAGGACUGGUCAUUGCAACUGGCUGGUAGAGAAGUACAAAUUGGCCACGACGCCGCCCCCGACGGCCCACACGAAUCCGUCUAACCCAGCACCUCUUCUACCUCUAGUAGACUACCAGAGAAGUCAAUCACAAAUUAGUAAAGGAAAUGGUGAUGCUAUGUUUUAAGUGUUAGCUUUAAGAAUGAUGAAUGAAUACUGGUAUUAUUAUAAGACUAUUUAUUUA